CUGAUCUGUACAACGGGUGAGGAGCUCACCAACAACACAACUUCAAUUUUAUUAGCCUGUUACAUAGAGAAUAAACACACAAAUGUCUUCAACAAAACAACUUCCAGUACCUCCACCAAAACCUCCUCGAUCUUCUUUCAUCACAACAACAACAACAACACCACUGGUAAAUAAUAAUAGUGAAACAAUAACAACAAAUACCGUUACUGACUCUCCAACCAUCGCUACAACCAACAAUAGCAGAACAACAACAACAACAUCCUCCUCUCGAUCCUAUACACUUCGUCCCAAUGCAUCACCUCCAACGGCACUCAUCAAUUCUCUCAACAACAACAAAAAUACAAACUCUUCACCGUCAUCGGCUUCUUCCUCUCCCACCACAAACAAUGUAGCAGGAGGAAAUAAUUCACCUUCAUCUCCUGGUGGUUCUAGAAAACCACCACCUCCUCUUCCUCCACGACCUACUGUACGAUCAAAGACCAUUGCAUCAGUGAAUAGCCCUUCUGAGCGUUCAACAGGUGGUGUUAUUCAGUUUGCUUCAGUGGUUGGUGGUAAUAAUAAUCUUUCUGGAGGUGGUCGAUCAUCGGUUGGUGGUCAAGUUGAUGAUGUCACUUCUGGUUCUUCUCUCUCCAUAAAUGUUGGAAAGGGAAUUAGCAAUAACAGCAAUAAUAGUACGAGCUCAUUCGUAAAAUCCACUCUCAAUAUUGGAAGUAAGCUAUUCAGUAAUGGUAAAUCCAAAGAAAAGGCACAAUCACCACAAGUGCUGACUAUUUUGCACAAAAUUCCACCUCCAAAACCUACUGAACCCACCACUAGUUCUGCAACAACACCUGUCAGCACUCCUACCAGUGAACCAAAAAGUGAAGAGAAGAAGGAUGAUGAAAAUGACAUUGCUACAAAAUCUACACAUGCCUUCAAAUUGGAUCUGGAUCGUGUCUUGACUCCAACACAAGAGGAACCAAAUAAUCCUCCAUCUUCAGCUCACAGUGAAAAGUUGUCAACUUGUGAUGAAUCAGAUGACGAGGAAGAAGAAGAGGAAGAAGAAGGUUCCAUCAAGUCUUUUAAUAGAUCUGGUAAAUCGGCACCACCUCCAAUUCCGCAAAAGAAAAUUAAAACAGCAGAGGAAAAGGAAAUUGAAAGAAGGGAAUUGAGAUGGGAAGUUAUUGCGGAAAUUUCUAAAACCGAGGAGAAUUAUGUUGAAGGAAUGAAUCAUUUGGAAAGGUUCUAUAUUAAACCUUUAAGAGCUUUGGGAAAUGCUACACAAGUUUCUGGUUCUAAACAAAUUAUUACUCAGAAAGAUUUGAGUUUCAUAUUUGACAAAAUGACAGUUAUUAAGAGUGUCAAUGAAGGAUUUUUAAAACAAUGGAAAACUCUUGAUGUUACUUUUGAAACACAAGAUGACACCAGCAAAUCCAUUGGUCUCUUCUUUAAAAGAACCAUGCCAAUGUUCAAAGUGUAUACAGAUUAUGUGAAUAAUUACAAUAACAUUGCAAGCAAAGUUAAAGACAUGAUGAAGGAAAACCCUGGUUUUGAUAGCUAUAUGAACGAAAUGGAAAGAAAUGCUAGAAAACAGGGUAAAGUUGGUUUCUUUUCCUACAUGAUUCAGCCAGUCCAACGUUUACCGAGAUAUACUCUCCUUUUGAAUGAGCUAUUGAAGCAUACACCAGAAACUCAUUACGAUUUCAAGAAUAUUAAUGAAGCACUAGAAUUAUCAAAACAAGUCAGCUCUCACGUCAAUAGUGCCAUGAAUGUUGUUCAAAAUCAAAUGAAGAUGAAUGAAAUUGAUACAACAAUUGGAAAACUUCACGAAAACAUUGGUGGAAGUAUUAUCAAACCUAGUAGAUGUUUUGUUAUGGAAGGUGAAGAUUUCCUUGUUUCUGAAAUUGUAUUGGGAAGAAAGAUCAAGAAGGGAGAUAAGAGAACCCUCAUUCUUUUGAAUGACAUGGUUUUAAUCGCAAAGAAGGGUAAAUAUUCGUGUCACAUUAAUUUCAAGAAUGAGAUGAAUGUAGAAUAUUUCAAAUAUCCAUGGAUUUAUUUCGACUUGGACUAUGACAAACAAAGUUUCGAGAUUGUCACAGAAGAUGUAACCUACUUAAUUACAUGUCCAACAGCAAUUGCUUGUAAUGAAUGGAUAGACAAACUAUCCCAGAAUACAAGCUGUAAUGCAGGCCCAGUCAAAGAGCUCAGAGCCAACAAACUAGUUCAUACAAGAGUUAAGAAAAUUUUCAAUGAACAAAAUGUGUAUAUUAUUGAUUUUGAAAAUAGUGAAUACUAUAUGUGCUAUUCACAAAGAGACAAGGUUACAAUCAAAAUUCCAAAGAAGGAUGCAGUUGUACGUGAUAUUGUUCCAGAGGAUGAAAUAACAUUUGGAUCCCUAGCAUUGGAUGAUGAUGCAAGUUGUGAUGAUAGUAAGACAACAGCUUCAAGUGAUACAGCCGAUACUGCGUCAAGCCAAAUGGUUGAUGGAAACAGAAUGUCUAGAUCUACAUCAAUUAGUGACCUUUCCACAAUUUCAGAGGAUGGUUCAUCUUUGAAAUCACCUCGUUCAGCUAGAGGAUUCAACCCUCUCAAAGCUCUCAAUAUGGAUCUCAAAAUAUUUAAUGGUAAGAAGCAAUCACCAUCCAACUCAAAGAAUAAUCUCUCCUCAGAGGACAAAGUGAAGAAUAUUCACUCAUCUCUAUCUGAGAUUGCUUCUGCUGGGGAAAUGAUGCCACCAAGCAAUAGGUUAUCCUUGCAAAAUGAUCAACAUACAAAGACUUCACCAUUCCUCAACAAGAAUAGACAAUCCUUAUCCGCCUUCGAACAGGCAAAUAGUGGAGAAAACUCACCUGCCAAUCCUGAAGAGUUUAUGGGAAAUCAAAUAGCAAGAAGAACCUCUGACUUUCAACAAACCAUUGAGGAAAGAAAAAAGACUCUAAUAAGAAGAGAAGCUCCACCCAUUCCACAAGGCAAUAACACCACUGCUACUCAACAACAAAAAGCUCCAUGGCUAGCUGAAUUGGAAAGUAAGAGAAUGGCCAAAGUGUCAAAACAAGAAGAACAAUAGAAAACUUGUUCAUCAUAAUAAUAAAAUGUUUUCAUAAAU